AUGCCGUCCCUCAAGACUCUGAUGUUCAUGCGCAUCGCGUCCCUGCUCACCGCGGGCGCCUUCACCGUUGCUUGUGUCGGUCUCGCCGGCAAGUCUCUGAAGGACCUUCACGACAACCGUGUCUUCCUUCCCAUGGGCAUCCAGGGUGGCAUUGACGCCAAGGACGUUCUUGGUGCUAUGGGAGCCAUGCUCGGCGCCGCCGGUCUCGGUGUCAUCUGCCCGCUCGGUGUCUUGUACCCCACACUCCCCAAGACAAAACGAGCGGGCCUGAGCAAGCCACCUGGACCGCCCCGUGGUGCGGGGGUCCAAUCACCACGGGCGCAUGUCACUCGCUGCUCCGAGAUCGGUCAUUUCAUCUCCGAGUUCAUCUGGUGGAAGGAGGAGCGCGGUGGAUUCCUUCCCUUCCGCUUCCGUUUCAUCAACGAGAUCAUGCUCGGCAUUUCGUGUAUCUUCCUCCUCGCUGCCUCGAUCGCGGCCGCCAUUAUCUGUGGCACCAAGUCUGCCAAGAUCUGGCUUAACCCCCCGAUGCCCCAGGCUGUUGUCGACGGCAUGCUCAAGGCCACUGGCAAGUCUGUUCGUUACAGGGACCAGAAGGCUUUCCCCGCCAUGAUCAUGGGCUGGCUCGCCUUCUUCUUCCUCGUCAUCUCCCUCAUCCUCACCAUCAUGGCCGGCCUCCACUACCGCCGUGUCGCUGCUGAGCGCCGCUCCUCUAACGGCUCGGCCAACCACCACGAGAAGUUCUCGGAGGCCCGUGAGGACGCCGCUCACGCCUAA